UUCCUAAAAAAUCAAAUCUAUCUUCUCGUUUUUUAUUGUUCCUCUGAACUUCUCAGAUCAUUCAUCUUCCUCUGGGCAACUACUGAUACUAAUUCUCCAAAACUAUAUAUAUAUUUUUUUUUCAGGUUUCAUUAGUUUGAAUCGUCUUGAGAGAUCUAAAAGUUUUUGAUAGAUUGCAAUGGCUGAAGAGAAUGUUUCUCAAGUUAAAGAGAUGAUGAUGAUGAUACCAAAUGAUGAGCAUUGUUGUUUCGAUGAUUAUGCGAAACCAACCUCUGUUGAAACAACAAUGCCACCUCUUAUGGUUGAAGAGAUUCAAGGAGAUGAUGAAGAGGAUGUUCUUCUUACUCCUCCUCCACCUCCAGCUGCAGUAGUAUCUAGUGGUAGUGUGAAUCCGAGACGGCACUCAACUGGAGCAUUAGGUAAAGCUCAGGCUCAAACACGUUACCGUGGGAACCAAACUAGUUCAACUCAUGAUCUAUGUAAACACGGGAAGAGGCGUGAGGAAGAUGUGGUGAUCAAACCGUGGAAGCUUGUUAAGAAAAAGGAUGUUGAAAGUGGAGGAGGAGAUUUGGUGAAAGGUGAGGGUGUGAGUGUGGUGAGGAAGUCGUUGCUGGUUGCAAAGAGAGAUGCUGCUACUACUAGUGAGGUUGUUAAAUCUUAUGAUGGUUUAUUACGUGCUAAGAGAAGUGAAACCAAGACUCCGAGUGAUUCACCUGCUGCUGGUGUAAGAAUGGUCAAGAAGACAAAUGCUGAUGUUAAGAAGGUUUCAAUGAGCAGUGAGAACAAAGAGGAUGUUGUGAAGAGUCUGAAGAAGAAAGAGAAGAAGACUGAGACUGAUGAUGUGGUGGAGAAGAAGGCUACAAGGAUCAGCGAGAGCAAGAGUUCUAAAGAGGAUCUUGUGAAGACUCUGAAGAAGAAAGAGAUUGAUGAGGCGGUUAGAUGUGAUGAUGUAGUGGAGAAGACUUUGUACGUUGUUGAAUCCAGUAUUGAGGAGAAUAAGAAGAUGAUCACAAGUGUUAAGAGUGAGAUUCAGAAAUCUUCUGAGAAGAAGAUCUUAAGAGGCAGCGGUAAGAAUAGACCUACACUUAUACCGUCUUUGUCACCAUCCUCAGAGAAAGUUAAAGAUCCACGAGUUACAAAAUCAGAUCCUAGGCCAAUCAGAAAGACUACUUUAAGGUCCAAGACUGGUUUGUCUGAGAAGAAUGAGAGUAGUUCUGCAACUCUUGUGACUAAGCCAAAGAGGAUUGGUUUAAAGCUCACUCCUCCUCCUUCUGGUCUUCCAACUAGGCCGGGGAGUUUCAGGAAAGGGAAAGUUCAUGAACCGAAACAAGAAGACUCUACUUCCACAUCAAUCAAGUUAAAGAAGAGAGUUGUUCAAGAACCAAAGCUCAGAAGCGAUGGGAGCAAGAAGAAGAAGAACCUGAAAGAUGUUGGGAAGGUGAGUAGUUAUAACAGCGGUGAAGGUAAACGAGAGAAGGUUGUUUUGAGGCAUAGAAAAGUUGAAGCAAAGAAGAAGUUGCAGACACUUUUCAAUAAUGUGAUUGAAGAGACUGUGAAUAAGCUUGAAGAAGUGAGGAAGAGCAAAGUUAAAGCAUUAGUUGGUGCUUUUGAGACUGUGAUCUCUCUUCAAGAUAAUGAUGUAAACACUCAUAAGAAGAAGAAGGUGCAAAGCAAAUCCGCAUCUUCACAGGUCGUUGAAGGCUAGUCCUUGGGAUUAAUGUGGAAUGAUUUGGUAAAGAAAGAGAUAACACUUGUGAAUGUGUGAUACAGUGGGACAAAUGGUUUUGUUUGUUUAUGAAUACUGUUAUGUAAAAUUUUCAAUGAUGUCAUCUAUCUGAUUGCUUCUUUGAAGAUAUGCCAAAGCAAAUGUAUUUGCAUUUCUCUAUGACCAACUUCUCAGGCUUGCUUGGAUUGAAAGCUUCUUUUUUUUUCUUGGGAGUUUCUUGACAGAGAAGCAAAGUGGUCCUUUAUCUUCAACUUUGAUAAGAGAAUCCUCAUUUUUACUAGUUUUAAAGAUUUGGAAACGAUAUGUUUUGUU